CGUUUAGUCGCUCGAAGUGGGUCCGUUCUGGCAUUGUUUUGAACCGCAAAAAUUGUCAGUGUUGCUUGGGUACUGCCCGCGAUCCAUGGGAAGAACUCGUAAUGUUUGUGUGCUGAGUUUACAGUACCAUGAAACCAGUGAAGCAUUUGGUCAUGAUAUUACUGCACUGAAAUUUAUCUACUUUCCCACGGCUUUUUGUUUUACCGUUGGAAUCAUGCUUUUCAAACUAGUAGUUACGAUGCAAACAAGUUGGCUGUAGUAUUCCACAAAAAUGCUACUUUUGAUUGGUGAAAUGCAUUGUGGAACUCGGUGUUACGACGUAUGAUUCUCUACUGGAUUACUUCAUGUGGCAUCUGUUUGGGUUUGUGAAGAUCCUUAGUGAUUAUGCCAGACCACAAAAAAGAUGGUCAUUCCCAUAAAUCCCAUCAUCCCAGCACAUCGCACCAUCCGAGUCACCAUGAUGUCAAAGGUCAUCCCUCUGCAGCAGCUGCCAUCAAACCAAUCGAUUACCGGCGUCACACCAACCAUUCCAGCAUUGAAUUCGAGCUUCCGCUACAUAUUGACGACCCUCACGGACAUCAUCCCUCCAAGCACUCUCCGUCAAAGGACCACCUCGAACACAGCGCCAGCGGCAUAACAUGCGGCUGCAAAGCCACACUGCAUCCCGGCAAACCGGGUCAUACGCGCUCUAAACACCACGACGACGAUCACCCUAAACACGGCCACCACGAUCCUCACCAUGCACCCUCCAAGCAUGAUCAUCAUGGCAAACCGUCUGUUCACGAGGCCCAUCCCAAAGGCCACCCCGGGCAUGGCGCGCACAGAGGCUCACACAGUAAGGAUCACCACGACGCUAAAGGUCAUCACGGGCAUGAUGAUAAAGGCCAUCACGGACACACCGAUAAAGGUCAUCAUGGACAUGCCGACAAAGGUCAUCACGGGCAUGUCGAUAAGGGCCAUCAUGGACAUGAUGAUAAAAGUCAUCAUGGCCAUGCCGACAAAGGUCACCAUGGACCCCACGGCCAUAAGAGCCAUCACGAUGAUCACCACUCUAAAGGCCACGAGGACGAUCACCACGGCGGUCACGAUGAGCAUGAUCCGAGUAAGCCGAAGAAACACUGCAAGGCCUGUAAAUUGAAACAUGAUAAAGCCGCGCAUCCCUCGAAGAGCCAUAUUGACCCGCAUGACCACCCGCCCCACGAGUCGCGGUCACAUUCGACAUCGCACCAUACAGCCAGUGAUGGCCAUCGGGGAUCCGUACACGAUCAUGGUGCCCAUGGUCACCGGGCUUCCGGUCACCAUGACCAUCCGCACGAAUCGCGAUCGCGGUCCACUUCCUACCACGCUCCGGGUGACCAUCGGCCAUCCGCCCAUGACCCGCAUCACGGGCGCGAUCGGACCACAUCCUACCAUGCCGAAGACCACGGGCGUCCGGAACACCGGCAUUCGGCUCACGGGCAUAAGACAUCGCUCCACGAACACCGGCAUUCUGCGCCGGAACCCCACCGGAAGUCUACGCAUCAUAAUCUUGGACAUGGACCGGAAGGUCACGGGCACGAUGACCAUCUACACUCCGCACACGAUCCACACCGAGCGUCACACCAUGGAGCAGCCGGGCACGAUGGUCACCGGACGUCCAGUCAUGGACAUGAUGACCAUCGGAAGGCGUCGCACGGGCCUUCGCACGAAGACCACCGGCAUUCGGUACAUCCGCCGGGGGAGCACCGCCACUCGGCUCAUCCUCACGAGGAAGCGCACCACUCGGCGCACGAUGAACACCGGAAGUCUUUCCAUGGCCAUCCGCACCCUGAUCAUCGGCAUUCGGCACAUCCCCACGAUGACCACCGACCGUCGGUGCAUCCAUCCACCGAACACCGGCAUUCUGCUCAUCCACCUGGUCCUCAUCGUCCGUCCACGCAUGCCCACGAUCCCCAUCGACACUCGGCGCAUCCGCCCGAUGGACACCGACCUUCCACGCACCCCCACGAUGGACUGCCCCAUUCAACGCAUCCUCAUGACGAUCAUCGACAGUCUGUGCAUCCUCACGAUGACCACCACGACUCCGUCCAUCCCCAUGAAGCAGCCCGGCAUUCCGUGCAUCCGCCGGAUGACCACCGCCCUUCCGCCCAUCUCCAUGAUGACCACCGUCAUUCGGUCCACCCUCGUGAUAGUCACCGCCAUUCAGUACCGAAAACAGGCGACCAUGGCCAUCCAGGUCAUCCGCACGACAAUCAUCGGCAUUCUGUCCAUGGCCACGAUGACCAUCGACAUUCUGUCCAUCCGCCGGACCACGCACUCCAACACCGACAUUCUGUCCCACACGACGCCCACCGGAAGUCAGACCCCCACCGGUCGUCGCUUCCGGUUCAUCCCGACGCAGCCCGGCAUUCGGUCGGCGGACACCGUGCAUCGCAACCCUUCCACCACGGAUCACUGUCGUCCUCGCCGGGAGCAGAUGCAGCCGCGGAAUCUCCUUAUAUUCGCCCGUGGACACCGAAACACGGAUUCGCCGGGAAGAGCCUAAGUUCCCCGGGAGGAGCACCACUCCUAGGUGACCCUUCCGCCACCUGUCCGGGCUGCCAGGUCACCGCCGAGUGCCCGGGCUGUGCCGUUGCCGCGCCGGGUGGACCGCACGACGCAGACAAUGUCCAGGAGACGCUGGAGAUGGAACAGAGCCGGCGGCGGUACUGCGAGCGGAUGAUCGCCACGAUACAGUGUACGCUGCUAGCGGCCAAUGAGGAGGUGGCCGCGUUAAUGGAACAGGCGCAUCGGCGGGAGCAGUUACUGGCCGAGCGGGAAGAUAAGCUCCGAACGAUGCAAAUGGAGCAUUGCAAUACGGAGACCUUUUUGCGAAAUAGCCUGCAGGAUAGUCAAAGCCAGUGCCGGUGUGCUAAUACUGAUCUCGAACAGGAGAGAGGCCGCUGGACCGAGCAAGAGCACGAGUAUCAGGAUAAAAUUAAAGAUUUGGAGAGCCGCCUAAAAGGAAUGCGCGAUGACCUCCGGAAAUCACAAGCCCAGAUUACCAGCUUCGAAUCGGAGCGGCAUAAGCUCAUGUGCUCGAUGCAGGACGCCGAAGCCGACCUGUGUCGGAACCGUUCCGCCGGUGACGCGGAACGGCGUCAAUUAGAAGGCUGUAACAUCCAGCAGAAGAUGAAGAUAGAUGAACUGACCAAUGAACUGGACUGCCUGAAGAAGUACGGUGAAUACCAAGACCGGAAGUGUAAAGAGCUGGAGGAUAAGCUCUUCCGGCUGGAAUGCCAACUGGACAAUGCGCUACGGUGUAAAGAGUUAAUGGAGAAGGAUUACAGGAGCCGGGAGAAUAAUCACGAACAGCAGGUGGCCAAGAUGUGCGAUAAGAUGCGCCAGUAUGAGGUCAAAUUGGAGGGGAUUGUGCGGGAGAGCGAGGCGGAGUCCUGGUCGAAAGGGGCCUCGGGGUGGAGUGCACGGGGGGAUGGGGCUCGGUCUAGUGGAACAUACGGUGACGGAGGAGGUUGUGCGUAUGGUGGGAUGGAUGGCAACGACAGUGAUGCCGGUUCGCGGGGUUCACGUCGUUUUGUUAUACAGGGCACGUACACGCCCAGCUCGUCGAUGGAACGCAAUGGCAGUCUCUCGCCGGAUUCCGGACGACGGUCUUGUGGGCAAGGAAAAGGUUACUGGAGUUGAUGUGUUGUUUGUACUUGGGUCUUGUUGUUAGAUUGACGAUAUUGAUGGUUGUGCAGCGCUACUCUAGUCGACACUAGUAAUUGACAGUUGACACCACAUGAUUUUUCCGUUGUUGAAUAAAGAAAAAAGUUCA